AUGGCCGAGACACCUUCAGAUCCGAUCAUCAUCAUCGGCGCCGGCCUGGUAGGGCUCACCAUGGCCCAAGGCCUCCGCAAGGCAGGGUUCCCGUUUGAGAUUUAUGAUCGGGAUAGUAGCCUUGACCAGCGGCCGGCCGGAUGGGGGAUCACGAUGCACUGGGCGCUGGCGGCGCUGGCUUCCUGUCUUCCGGAGGAUGUCUUUGCGAGAAUUCCGUCUAUUCAGGUGAAUCCGAGGGAUGGGGGGAAGGAAAACGACCACUACAAAUUCCUCAACCUCGAGACCGGCACGGACGCAUUCGCCAUCCCUUCCUCAGUGCACUACCGACUCAACAGAAAAAAAUUCCGCCAGCUACUGAGCACCGACAUCCCCGUAAAAUGGGGCAAACGCUUCACGCACUUCGAGACCGUCCCCGAUGGCGUCCUCGUCCACUUCUCGGACGGCUCCGUGGUAAAGGGCUCGAUGCUUCUGGGCAUCGAGGGCAAGAACUCGCGCGUCAAGCGGCUCCUCGUCGGCGAGGAAAACGCCAAACUCAACCCGCUCCCCGUUGCAUUCGUCGGAAUCAGCUUACGGCUCUCCCCGGCGAGAAUGGCCCCGUUUAAAGCUAUACAUCCGGUCCUCUGGCAGGGGUCGCAUCCGGGGUCUGGAUAUUUCCUUUUCUUCUCAAUGCUUUCGACACCCGAGAGCAAUGGGAGUGCGGGAACGGGUGAGGAAUUCUACGAGGGGCAGUUUAACAUGAGUUGGCUCGUUGAGAAGAACGGGCCGACGCCGGCGACGGGGCCUGAGCAGAUUGCGAAAGUGAAGAAGGCGGCGGUGAGCGAUACGGGGUUCUUCCCGGGUUUGAGAGAGGCGGUUUUGGAUAUUCCAGAGGACAGUCCCGUGCUGGAGAUCAAGCUCGAGGACUGGCCGACGCAGAUGUGGCCGAAUGCUGGCGGGAGAGUCCAGCUUGUGGGUGAUGCAGCGCAUACGAUGACGAUGUACCGCGGAGAAGCCGCCAACCACGGCAUCUUCGACGCAGCACGACUAACAGAGCAACUUAUUCGAUGGCGAGACGGGAAACAGACGCUAGAAGAGGCGUUCGACUCGUAUCAGAAGGAGGUAUAUGCGCGAACGCACGACGCCGUGAUUCAGAGCCGCUAUGCGUGUCUGGAAGCGCAUGAUGUGUCAACGCUCAGGGAGGAUAGUGCCAUCUUUCAGGUGUCGGGGUUUAAUGCUGCGGCGGAGCAGCCGAGGGCUUCAUUGUGA